CGUGUAGAAGCACAAACAUAAACAAAGCAUAUCAAUUUUAAAAAUUUUAAUUAAGGUUUAAUCUUGAGCUGUUCUACGGACUACUGUGUCUACCAAUCCAAUUCGCUUAAACGUUCGCAUUCCCGAAUCGCUUCUAAUUUCUUCGUAAACAACGAUUAGUUGCCACCUCAGUCGAUUCCCGUCAAUUCCCCAUUUAGAUGAGUGCUUCCUGGAUGAUCCUAAAGAGGCUACAAAAACAAAGAGGCGCCGUGUGCCGAUUGGAAUUUUCGUUUAUCUGUCAGUGUCAUUCCAAUCGAGCAAAAGUUGUGUCAAAUCGUUUGUUUUGAAAUUAUUGGAACAAAUUGGAAUGAGAGUAUUGAUAUUUGUAUAACGCAAACGAAAAGAAUACGAAUGCUGUCUGUAAUCCGACAUGACAAUCGGGAUUACGGAUUGAUGAGGUGUUUGCGAUAUUAACACAACCGGAUGACUGAGCCUUGCGAUUUUCGGGUGGAGAUGGAAGGUCGAAAAAAAGCUAUGUUUUUGAAACUUGGUGAGGUUUUGUUGCCGCCGGUUUUUGACAAACAUUUCAUGUUUGUAACUUUCCGUUUUUUUUCGUUGACUAAACAAUGUUUAUUAACACAACUGAACGAAAAGUUUUUCAAUCACAAACUAAAAGGAAGAACUUUGCAAAACGCAACCAAAACAAGUCAUGUGAAAUUUUGAACAAUGACAGUGUUGCUUGCACCUGACUGAUGUAACCGCCGGGUUGCUAUAUAUGUAUUUUUUCUAAUGGAUCAGAUGGCGUAUCUUUGUUUACUAUAGUGUCUUUAGAUGAUCCGAUGAAAGAUGGUCCCAGUACAGAGCGAUGCGAACUUCUUCAUUUGAUGCCUCCAAAGUGACAAAGUGAGACUGCAUGUCCGGGACUGCAGUUUACGACGUGCUUGGACGAUAAACUGCAUCGACCGCGAAUCCGUUUACGAAAACGGUCAAGCUUCAACAAAUCGCCUGUCGUCGUCCACUUCCAGAAUAGAGAGUGGAAAACAACCCUAGUCGCAAGCGAGUGGUGGACAAAAUUUUUUCGCCAGCAAGUGACAAAUCAAACAAGCCCGAACUAUGUAACCAAUCAUUUGCUAACACUUAUUCGAAAAAAACCUGACUUAUGGCCCAUGUCAACAGUGCGAAAAAAACAAAAAAUGGGAACAAUCGAAUAUAUUAUCCUGACAUGAUAAUGGUGUAGGUACACAGCCGACUUAAAAAAAAUAUGAAUUGUACCUGUAGUAACACUUCCUGUUUUUUUUCAGCUCUGUAACAAUUAUUUCCACUACUUUCGGCCGUUAACCUGUACUUCGCAGCACUACUAAAUUUUACAAACGGGGUGAGAAGAUAGAAUGGAAUCCAAUUUACAAACUUUGGCAAUCGCACUCCUGUGACGGGAAGCUAGCUGUAGACUGUUGCUUGCAGUACCGGCGAAUAUACGGUCGGAAACACGAAUUAACGCCAUCAUGCUUCCCUGCGACAUUUUUAAUCAUCAAUUCAUGCCCCACACUAAAAACAAGAUACGAUGUGAUUUACGCUCGAGACGAACGAUUUUCCCCAUUUCACAUAAGGUCGAUAUGCAAAGAAGCUUUGAUACUAUAAGAUGAUUUUCAAUAGGCCUGAUAUGCGAAUGUUAUAAAGAAUAUCAAAUGUAUUUGAAGGAUUUGUCAGAAUGCAGAAAUCCUCUAGUCACAGGAAAAUAAUUUCCAAAUGUUAGCGAAUAUGCAGAAGCGAAUAUGCAAACGUUGUUUGCAAAGCGUUGAACUUUACCAAGUUCGCGUAGGAUCUUUUUUUAGUGCAUCGAGUGUGAAAGACCAGAGGCAAAAGGUUAACCGUAGAAAUCAGAAUCGGGAAAAUUCAUUGUUUUCCAAUUUUUCGAUACACAGAAAAUCGGAUUUUUCAAGCGGAAAUAAACUGCUAACGCGUAAAACUGCAAGUAGUGAUCGCAAUAUGGUCUGCCACAAUCUGGACGACGGCCGUCAGCGGUGCUCGGAAGUUGAGUGCGAUCGGAGCCUGGAAUCCGCUAAAAUGUUCCUGUCGGAGGCGCUGGUCCGGGACCAUUGUCACAAAUUCACUACAGAAUAGACAUGUGUAAAUAUUUUCCCGAGUAUUCUACCAACUUCAGCAAUUCGAAUGGCAUGCAGGCUUGCAAGAACAAAUGUGUGAACAAAUGCGUGAAUGAAAAGUUAAUACUGCUGUUCAUUCUUUUUUCCUUUGGAGAAUUAAGUAGCUUCCUUCUGGUAAUUUCAACAGCCCUAUGCACCGGAGGAUCGGCGCGGGAUCAUUCAGUAAGUCACACCGACGACUACUCGGCCGGCCUCUUGUUCGGAUUGAAGUGAUCGUAGAAGCAUUCAAAGGCUCAUCACCGAAUUCUGGAAUCAGAAGACAACAUUACAACUCGUUUUAUUAAUUUCAAUAGCAUCUAGCUUUAUCAUUUUUGCGUUAUUAGAGCAGCACGUUUAACAUAUAAAAAUCCUCAAAUUAAGCCAUAAAUAUCUACUCUGCGUGUUAAAGUGUUGAACGACGUGAUUUUAAUAAAUUGUUUUUGUUCUGCAUGAAUAAUUCUUAUGUUCAUCAGUUAAUAGAAAUCGGUAACUUGUCAAAUUACAUUUAUCAACUUUAACUUAAUACGACUUAAAGCUUUAAAGUUCGUAAAAUACCAGUUUCUUCAUAUUCAAGCAAACAAUAAGGAUCUAUCGUAUAGACCGAUCGCAUCGGGUUAGUUCUUUCCAGCGGAAGUACUCAUCUCGCUUAGCAUUCCACUACGCUGACGAAAGUCCUCAUCGCGUCAACUUUCAUUAGAGGGAAUUAAUGUUUAUUAAACAAACUUUAUUUGACGGAAGUUCUCAUCUUGUCAACUUUCAACAGAGUAAAUCAAGGUUUUACUGACGGAAGUCCUCAUCUCGUCAACCUUUAUCAAAGCAAAUCAACGUUUAUUUGACGGAAGUCCUCAUCGCGUCAACUUUUAUCAAAGCGAAUCAACGUUUAUUUGACGGAAGUCCUCAUCGCGUCAACUUUUACCAGAGCAAAUCUUCGUUUAUUUGACGGAAGUCCUCAUCGCGUCAACUUCCAUCAUAGCAAAUCAACGUUUGUUUGACGGAAGUCCUCAUCGCGUCAACUUUUAUCAAAGCAAAUCAACGUUUAUUUGACGGAAGUCCUCAUCGCGUCAACUUUUAUCAAAGUGAAUCAACGUUUAUUUGACGGAAGUCCUCAUCGCGUCAACUUUUACCAGAGCAAAUCUUCGUUUAUUUGACGGAAGUCCUCAUCGCGUCAACUUUCAUCAUAGCAAAUCAGCGUUUGUUUGACGGAAGUCCUCAUCGCGUCAACUUUUAUCAAUCAAAUCAACGUUUAUUUUGACGGAAGUCCUCAUCGCGUCAACUUUUACCAGAGAAAAUCUUCGUUUAUUUGACGGAAGUCCUCAUCGCGUCAACUUUCAUCACAGCAUAUCAACGUUUGUUUGACGGAAGUCCUCAUCGCGUCAACUUUUAUCAAAGCAAAUUAAUACCUGACGGAAGUCCUCAUCGCGUCAACUUAUAUCAGAUCAAAUUAAUGCUUAUUUGACGGAAGUCCUCAUCCGUCAGGCUCAUGAAACAAUGUAUUUAGUCUAGGCGGAAAGUCCACAUCUCGCCUGGCAGACGUAUUUGUAGAACAUAUAAAUUUACUUACUCUUAAUCAGGCGGAAGGCCUCAUCUCGCCUGAAAUCUGCACUCCUACGGAAAGUUCUCAUCGACACUGGGACGGAAGUCUCGUAAAGUCUUUAACACUUUUCAAACGGUUAUCCACAGUCCAGUUCGCACAAGAUUCCUUUCUUUAAACUUCUGUAUUUUAAGCGCAAGUCAACUUCACGUGAGAUUUUGUGCUACGCGUUUUCAACUCACACAAAUUCAGCGGAAUGAAAUUCUUCAAAUAACUUGUGUAUUUUAGGCGGAAGUCGACUUCACGUGAGAUUUUGUGCUACGCGUUUUCAAUUCAUACGAAUUCAGCGGGAUGAAUAUAGAUUCAAAAACUACAAAAUGGCUACUUACAUUUUCUUCGCCCUUUAAUGUCCAGUAGAUAAAAAAAAAAAUGCAGGCUCUCGGGAGUCCCGAGUAGGGACAUAAAGAUCAGUAUCCGGCAGGAUCGCCAAUUGUGCAACCUACAGGCGGACAAGGGAGAGACUUCCGGCUGGUCCUGGAUCGUGGUUCCCCGGAGAAGGGGAUUUGCCUGGAAGCGAGCCGCUGCUGUCGUUCGGUCAGUGGGUGAUUGAGGAGUAAUGAGGAGAGGUGGGCAGAGGGGGCGCGAGUGAUGAGGAAAAUGGAUGUCGUCUGACGAGGGGCUAUCUGAUGGUGAUCGGGUGUAAUGUACGAUUGCUUAUAUAAAUUACGCAUUUCAAAUGAGUCGUUAUAUCACCGCUACACAAAAACCAAACAUUCUCACUGGAUUUACUCCACAAUAGUAAGACCAAUUUUGGCCCAUGAGUGUCUAGUGUGGUGGCAGAAAGGAGAAGUUGCAAUAGUUAGGACAAAACUGAAUCACCUUCAAAGAAUGUGUCUUUUAGGGAUGUCCGGAUCGUUCACAACAACUCCUACUGCAGCACUACUUUUCUAUCAAACCUCUACACUUGUUCCUAAAAUAGGAAGCCUUCGUAUACAGGCAGUUGGUCUUUGACUGUCAGGAAAUAUCGAAAGAUCAUCGAGUCAUACAAAUGUGUGGCCUGAAUUAGUUAAAUUAAACGAGUUUAAUUUAGCGCCAAACGAUUUAACACUCUCAGGUAGUUUUCCCUACAUGGGCUUUAAAGUCAUAUUUCCUUUCCUCAAGAAUGGUUAUCAGGUUUCGUAGAGGACCAAAUGUCCACCCAGGUGCAGGUGCAGGAAUUUACUGUGACGAGUUGAACAUAGAACAUGCUCAACCGUAGGUAAAUAUUGUACAGUCUUUCAGGCUGAGCUAUAUACUAUUAUGUAUGGAGUUCAAAUUGCGCUUCAAAAGAAAAUUAUGUUGGGAACAAUUUAUUUCUGAUCAGAUAGCCAAGCAGCUAUCAAAUCACUUAGUGCUUCGAGUUCUAGAUCAAAACUGGUAAUCUCAUGCCUGGUACUAGUAAUCUACUAAACUGGUAAUCUCAGGCCGAAAAACUUGCUGAAGGCAAUGGAUUAAACCUUCUAUGGGUAUCUGGACACAAGGGAAUUUUCGGAAACGAGUGCGCCGACGAACUCGCUGAAUCGGAAAAAGAAAAGACGAGGCCGAGAAACGAGUCCUUCUCUAUAUUGGCAUGGGAUAGUUUCACUUUGCCAGACCAAAGGCGAACCCACCCAGCAAGCCUCUAUAAUAAAACAAACAACUUUGCCAGAUCACAUUUGAAAUGAUCGGAUAAACGGUUUUCUCUAGAUUGGAAGGUAUGGCAAUUGCAACAUUUCUGAAGGGAGCUGAAAGUUAACGGACACGAUAUGUCCUGCCACUAUGCUAUGCCAAAAAAAAAACAUCACAAAACAUUUUUCAUUGACAUCCCUAGCAUACGGAAGAGCAAAUCAAAAUAUAAACAAAAACCUUCAACGUCGUUUCCAUCGUUCGAUAAAAAGAUUUUAGUUUUGGUAUCUUAUCUAUACAUUAUUUUUAUCGAUUUUUAUGCUACUCUUACUUCACAUGAUAUGGUAAAUUUCAUUUAAUCGCAGUUGUACAGGACCAAAAGUUUCGAGUCGUGCUGUUGAAUUUAAAUGAAUGUAUCGGCGAUUGAAAUCUAUCAUCAACCAAUGACUGGAAAGCAGCUACAUCCUUUAUUGCAGGCCGUUAAAAUGGACCCACUAGACUUUCAGUUGUCCUACUCAUGUCGAAUAUGUCUGGUUGAUAAUCGAUUAUUGGGAGCGCCAAAAACAAUCGAAAUCCAACAGAUUUCCCCGAUCAAAGGCCAUAAACAAAGUCUGCAUCAAAUACUGUCGGAUAUGUGGCCCCAGAUUUUCCAGGACAGUUUGAAUCACGGCAAAAAAGACUUAGUGGGCUGUUCAGUUUGUAAGUCUUGUAGCUCAAAAAUUAUCGCUGCCUACAAGCUAUAUUUGGUUUGCGUUGAAACAAACCAAAAAUUGGAUCAGUGGUCACAAGAAGAAUUGAACGAAGCUAACCGAUCAAUUACAAAGGUUGAUGAAACAAUUCCUUGUAGCUCAAUUACAACAACAAAACAGUCAACCGAUAACGUUCUUCAAAAUGAUUUAUCGUGUGAGCUAAACGAAAGCGCCAUCAAAGUUGAGCCUUACAAUUACCAUUGCCCUGACUGUAAAGAGACAUUUGAUGAUGUGGAGUCAUUCAACGAUCAUCAGCAAGCAGCCCACCGAAAGCAGGAGACGGAAUCAAGAGCACGUGUUUGCACAAUUUGCGGAAAAAGUUUCCAAUCGCCCUGUCAUCUGGACUUACAUUUGAUACGCCACUCGGGUGUCAAGAAUGUUCUAUGUCCGAAGUGCCCGUCGCAAUUUUUUACCAAAGGAGCCUUGAAACAGCACAUGAUAACGCACACCAAGGAACGUCGCUUUGUCUGUGAACUAUGUGGCACUAAAUUUGCUUUGAAGACUGGUUUGGUCAAACAUAUGAGAACGCAUACCGGAGAUCGACCGUACGGAUGCGAAGAGUGUGAUAUGAAAUUCAAUUCAGUGGAUCAUAUGAGGCGACAUAAACGAACCCACACCGGUGAAAAGCCGUACGAAUGUGGGGUUUGCGAACGCAAAUUUACUCAGAGCAAUGACUUGAUCAAACACAGUCGGGUGCAUUUCGGAAACCGAAUAUACCAGUGUGAUCGCUGUGAGGAAUCUUUUGAAAAGGUCAUAGAGCUGCGAGAUCACUAUCAGAUUCAUUCCGGCGAGUUCGGGUCCACAAUGGUACAGUUUACUUGCGUGAAACUAAUUCGGCAGCGAAUGGAGCGAGAAAGGAACAGCGACCGCAGGCGGCCUACGCAUGAAACUGUGAAAGAGGUGGUUUCGACCGUAUCAGUGGAUUUGUCAGAAAUUCCUACGGUUAAGUAAGCAAAAAUGAAGUUUUAUCAGAAAAUAUAACUGCUAAUAACAAUCGAAUAAAUUUGGCAAACUGAAUAAUUAGAGCAUCUCCCAUAGUAUAUGAGUGACGAAUGAUGGAAUUGGGAGAACUUUAGAUUAGGGAUACCAUACGUACUCUUUUAAGAGAACAU